CGAAUUUUAAACCAAAACAAAAUCUUCGAACAAAAAUUAAAUUUUCGAAAAGAAAGCGAGACCCUUAACCCCCCAAACACCAAAACAAUGUCCCUCAACCCCUGGGAAUAAAAUAUUACUACCCCUUACCUCCCCCGAAUUUCACGAAACAUAAUUAUGAAAAAAUCCAACACCAACAAAAUGCAUCACAUCCAGCGCAAACCCUCCAAUGAAACCCUGGCCAGUGUGGGCAUGGACAGUACCCUGGAUUCGCGUAUGUCCAGCACAGAGGUACCCCAAAUGGAGUUACUGAAGGUGAAUUAUGUGCAUCAGUGUAAAGAGGCAUUGAUGACGAAAACAGGUUCAAAACCCAAUUACAGUUAUAUGGAAUAUAAACGGAGUUUGCCUCCCGUCCAACUAAUACCCUCCCAACAGCAGCGUGGCAAAAAUGUGGCCCGCAUAACGGUGGUCAAUCGUUAUGAGGCGCCCAACAAACCCCUGCCACCGUUGCCACCACCCACCGUGGAAUCUUGGCAGUUUUUGCAAAACACCUCAACACCACCAUCCCAAAAGCGUACCACCAACUCCCCACCCAAAUUUGUUAAACCCCCUACUUCCUCCAGUUCCGUCUCUGUCUUCUCCGAUUCAUCGGCCAGUUGCUGCCACUCAUCAUCCUGCGAUACGGGCUGUGAAUCGGACAGCACCAUCAAUGGGGAUGUGGAAAAAUCCAAUAGCUGGGAUUAUCGCAAUCGCAUUGCCACCUGUGACAUACGGCGUGACAUAGCCAGGGCUGGCAUCAAAUCUCGGGCAGAUCGCAUUGCCCGCAUAGAGUUGACGGAAUGUGAACAUGGUUCACCCAAGUCCAAGGAGGCCGUGGCCAAAAUCAAUAAAAUGUUUGAGCAGCAAAAGCAGUCAUCCCGGCAAUUGCCACCACAACCCAGUCGGCCGGCUCCAGUGCCACACAAGGAGCCCAAUCGUAGGCUAAAGCCUCUGGCGCCUCAACCCGAAAAUCAGGAUAGAUUCCGGCAAUCUUUGAGUAUUAAGAGUUCGGAGGAGUGCUUGGAAUGUCUGUCGCAACAGGAAUCGGAACAGGAGGGGAGUAAACGAUCCCAAGAUUCCAAUAAAUUUGUGACAAGGAAACCCAUAUCUAGGAUACCCAAACCCAUACAGGAGUCCCGAUCUUCAGCCAGCCAUAAUCGGCAGGAAGCCUUUAGAUAUGUGGACAAUGAAAAAACCUCUGUGGCAGAAACUCCUCCUCCUUCUCUUAACAUAGAUCAAAAUCUCUUGAGGAACACCCGCUUGCCGGCCGGACAAUAUCAAAAGGCCAAGGUGGAAAGGGUGCACAUACGGAAGAAACGACAACCUCUGCUGAUUAUCAAUCAGCUGAACGAACCCGAUGACAAACGGCCGGAAAAGGCCGUCGAGGAAAGGGACAAAAAUACCUGUGGCUAUAAAAAUUGCAACUUCUCCAACUGUCCCAUGUCCCGGUCGCAACACGAUCUAACUCACUUGCAACAUGAAGAGGACCAACUGAAACGUUUAUCGCUGGAAAGUAAUUCUGAUUCCGGAGUCUCCUCCUCGAAUGAUGAACAUAAGAAACCCCUCUCGUCCACCACCUCCUCCUCGUCCUCCUCCAAGGUGGAUAAUUUAAAAAACCUCGAAAAGUGCUCGGAUAUUAAAAAGGCAUCCGAGCACUUUCCGCCGGACACCUAUGCCUAUGAUAAGUACAAACUUCCCAAGGAUUAUGAAGACCCGCCAAAGGGUUCCCACAUAACCAUUCAAGUGGGCAAGACGUCCAUUACCUCGUUUUCGGGUCACUACAACACAGCCAAUGAUCCCAAUGAUGUUACAAAUUUUUCCAAGAAAAAUCUCACCAAGGCCACACCAAAUGAGGCGCUCAACAAUUCCAUUACCAAAUCCCUGACCUCCAUUAACUCCAUGGGAGCGAAGACGACUCCUACCAAGCAGUGCAAUAUUGAAAACGAGCAACGUUUGAAAAUUCAAAAUAAUUUACAAAACAAUAAAUCGGAGAAAAAUUUGACAAAAAUCAAAAUCGAUGAUGAUUGGAUAAUGGACACGAGUGGGGAGCAUCAUCAUCAUCACCAGGAUGAGGAUUUUAUUGAAGCCGAUUCGUUGAUGAUCAAUGAACAAAUGUCACCCACGGCAGCUGCUGGAGGACUUAAGAAACCUCUGAACACAGGUGAUAAUUCGGUGAAAAUUUUUGUGCGCAGCUCUGGCCAAAAUGCCCAUGACUUGACUCGAUCCUCCUGUAUUUCGGCCCACUCGUUCGUCUCCCAAACCUCGGUGUGUACCCAGAAUUCCACUGCACACUCAACCUGUUCUUCUAGCAGCUGUUGUAGUUCUGCUUCCUCGGCCAGUUCCAGCUCAUCAUCGGGUUGUUCUGCAGGCUCCCAUGGUGGGGACAAUCAAUCCAUUUGCGAUUCGGAACGUGAUUGCUGUUGUCAAUUCCCGGACUCAAAUGGUAUAUUUUUCCAGCGCCCCUCCUCGGUACUCUCCGAUGAUCAAAGGGCCUGUGCAGGGUCAUCUUUGAGCAGUACGGAUGCCAUUAGUGACAUUAGCAGCUGCGUUACCUGCUCCUCGGCCCAAAGUACAGUCGUGGUGGCGCCCAAUGCGAAUAACUCCAAACAAUUGGCUUGUUGUCAAGCCGAUAGUGGGGUGUUUUGGAACAACUCCUAUGGCUGUUUGGAGGAUGGUCGCCAGGCGGAUGAGGAAAAUGAGGACUUACCCUGCUACUGUAGUAUGUCCAGUUGUGAUGAGGAUAAUUGCUCCUAUUACGAAGGAGAGACGGGGAAUAGUCGGAGAGACGAAAAUCAGCUGCAGCAGCACCAACACAAAGGGGAUAACAUUAAAAUCGAAAUAAAAAACUCAUAUCGCCAAGAAGAAGAAGAAAAACAAGUCAAUGCGAAUCUACGAAAUCCCAACACAAAUCGACAUCAAUUACAACAGCUACAACAUCAGAGCAAUUCUUCAACUGCUACUCCACCGCAAUUGCCCAAGCGUAAUGCACGCAUGAGCACCGGCAAUCAAUUGUUGAGGAAGACUGAUGUUAUUCACGAAUUACGUCCCCGAUCCAUGGAUUGUGCCAUGGACUCGGGUGUUUCACUGAACGGUGACAAUGGUUGUAACUCCGAUGUCGGUGAAAGUCAACAGGACAUGGAAGCCCGACGUUUGAAACGUGGCCAUGUUCUAACCGAACUAUUGGAAACCGAACGUAUCUAUGUCAGUGAAAUGAGUUCAAUAUUAAAGGGUUACUGUGACCAAAUGCAUUCGGAAGAGAUGAUGCACCUGGUACCGGCCAGUUUACAGGGCAAAGAAGACAUCCUCUUUGGUAAUCUCCAUGAGCUCUACACAUUUCACAAUGACGUUUUUCUCAAGGAUUUGGAGAAUUGUAUAUCCACCACGGAACUGGUGGCAUUAUGUUUUGUACAAAGGCGUGAUACUUUUUACCGUUUAUAUUCGUUCUACUGCCAAAACAUCCCACGAUCAGAUCGUCUGCGUGAAACCCUGGUCGACACCCAUCUCUUCCUGCAAGAAUGCCAAAAACGUUUGGGCCACAAACUGCCCCUAGCCGCGUAUCUGCUGAAGCCCGUUCAGCGUAUAACCAAAUAUCAAUUGUUACUUAAGGAUCUGUUGCGAUUCAGUGACAACGGCAGCUGUACCAAAGAAUUGCAAAAGGCUUUGGACUGUAUGCUGAUUGUGCUGAAGUGUGUCAACGAUUCAAUGCAUCAAGUGGCUAUCACGGGAUUCCCGACCGAUUUAUCUCAACAAGGCGAGUUAUUGUUGCAAGAUUCAUUUCAAGUAUGGUCUGAGUCGAAAAAAGACAUCCGUCUGCGCAUAAAACCCCAACAAAGACAUAUAUUUUUAUAUCAAAAAUCUAUGCUAUUUUGUAAGCAAACUUCGAAACCGGGCCACAAUAAGAGCACCUAUCAGUUCAAGCAUUAUCUAAAGAUGUCUCAAAUCGGUCUAACCGAAUCCGUGCGCGGUGAUACAAAACGUUUUGAAGUUUGGUUACAGGGCCGCCAAGAGGUGCACACGCUGCAGGCGCCAACACUUGAAAUCAAAAACAAAUGGGUGGCGGAAAUCAAAAAAGUUCUGCUCACCCAACUGGAGGAGCUGAAAGGUGAGAAAAUCAAACAGUACGGUUUGAAUCAUCGUGGCCUACGACAGACCACAUCAUGGGAUACACCCAAUAUAUUGUUGGGCGGUCCCGGUCGUACCAUUAGUUGUGAUGCAUCGUCGGAAUCAUCGAAUCGUAACUCGAAUUGUAGUAGUAGUGAUGAUAAUUGUGCAACCAUCAGUUUGGGCAGUGGUAAUAGUGGUAGUGGCAGUGGCAUAGGUAUGAUGGCACCCUGUUCAAAUAUAUCGCUGAUAUCUGGUAUAACAGCUAAUUCGAUAUCAUCCAAUACAACAGCAGCAUCGGCGACAACGGACAAGGAACACAAUAAUGAGGCCUGCGGUUGGAGUUCCGACUAUUCGAAUAGUGAGGAUGAAAUGUCGACGGCAGAUGAUAACAGCAGUACACCGGGAAGUAAAUAUGUAGCCUUAGCCGACUAUGUGGCCGUCGGCCACUCGGAGGUGUCGAUGCGUGAAGGUGAUACGGUUGAACUGCUUAAGGUUGGCUGUGCCGGUUGGUGGUAUGUGCGAAUAUUAGAUACCAAUGCUGAAGGUUGGACCCCAGCCGCGUACCUGGAAUCAAUCAAUCGAAAAUCUUCUCGAUCAUCUAGCCGGAACCAAGAACGUUUAAAUUUGCAAAAAAUGCAGGAAUAAGGAGAAAUAAAUGUGUCACUGACAACAACAACAACUAAAUACAAAACACCCCCUCCCUGUGCCACAAUGGCCAAGUGAAAUUCUAAAACAACAAAACAAAGUUCUUUAUUUCCGAAUACUAUAAACUAAAUUAUUAUAAAAUUUAUCUAAUAUUUAUCUAUAACCAAAUAUUAGCUAUGCAUAAUGUCUAUGGCUCCUCUAAUGAUGCACGCGCUUUAAUCUAAACAACUACAAAAAAAAAAUCAAAAACCCAACAAACCAUUUGAAAACGAUGAUAUUGAAAUGAUAAACCUUAAACAAAAAGCACAACACACUUAACUUUUGGGCCUUGUCUUUAGAUGUCUAACUCAACUAUAUACAUUUUUUCAAUUACCACAUAGAGAAAAAAGAAGGAGAAGAAGGAAAAUAACCAAAAACUAAAAUUUCAAAUAUCAAUCAAUCAAAUAUUUCUCUGAUAAAAAAUUAAGAAGCUUAAAGAUUUUUUCUCUCUCUCAGCCUCCUUCAAUCCCACAAACGAACUUAAUCGAAAUGUUGUAAUAAACGAGUAAUGUACUUUUUCUAAAUGCUUUUCCAAAAUCAUUAUUAUAAAUUAUAAACAAGAGUGAACUAUUCGUUAAGGAAAAAAACAAUAUUGAAAAUCCUUAAAUUUGUAUGCUAAGAAGAAGUAAUCGUUAAUCAAAAAUAAAAUCAUGUUUUUUCGAAUUAAGUUAAGGAAAAUACUUACAUAAAUGUAAUUCAAAAUUAAGGCAAUAAUUUUCUUAAUCAUAAGUUCUAGUCUGUAAAAUUUAUUCUCAAAAUUUGUUUAUUUAUUAUCAUUUUUAUUUUAUUUUUGUAAUGCAAGUAGAGUUGUUGAAUUUAAACCAAAAUCUAUGAUUUAAUAAUAAAACAAAUAAUUGAAAUAAGUCAAAUAUUUAUUGUGUAAUGAUGCUUUUAACAGUUUUCUUAAAAAUCUUAAAAAUAUUUUUAUUGACUCUGUUUCAGAACUUGCAAGAAUAUACUACUUGUGUAGUUUUUCGAUAUCAUAAAGGGAAAAUCGGUUAUGGUAGUAAAAAAAGAUUUUUGCAGUUCUGGAACAGACCAAUUGAAAAAUUUUAAUGUUAGAUCAUUUACAACAAUGUUGUACAUUUUUCAACAGACCUUAUUUCCCAUGUCAUUUAUUACAGAGGCUAACUGAUAGCAAUGAAUUUGACGAUUUAAAUGUACAGUAAAAGUCCUAGACAAUAUUGUUCAUUUCAAGUCGUUCAUUUUUUAACAAACCUUAUUUUUCAUGUCAUUCAAUGAAGAGGCUAACAAAUACUAUGUUUUUAAGUCGUCUUAACAUCCAUUAUAACAAUCAAGAAAAUAGGCAAUUUAAAUCUACUGGAGAUUUCAAAUGCAGUACAAUGUGAACAUACUAAAGCUUUUUCCUUCAAUAUAAUAUAUUUUCAAGCAUGCAAAAAGUAUAGUAGCGUACUUUCGAAAACACAUCCUCACCUAUAAAAAAUUGUUCUAGAUAUUACAAGAAUAGCUAUUCAAUAAAUUCUCGUAUUUAAUUGUACACUCAGCCAUAUGGCUAGUUAUACCCUCAGCCAUAUGGCUAGAUAGGGUAUAUAUAAUUUGAUACGACCAAAACGUGUCUCAUCGAAAUAACGGUUUUAGACCCUAGGUCUCUUUGGACCAAAUCCGUUUCAGGACAUUUGGAGUCGAUCUAGGAAUGUCCGCCUGUCUGGCUGGCUGGUGCGCAGGAUAACUCUCGAAGUUAGUGUCCGAUUUGAUCCAAACUUGGUGCAUCGUAAUAUUAUUAUCAAACUUAGAUCAAGUACGGAGAUGGGCAAUAUCCUUCUCCUUCUGGUCCCACAAAAUGUCAACAUUUUCAAAGCAAGUAAUUUGCUGCACAGAAAGGUAGAGGAUAAUCCGAUUUUGCUCCAACUUUGCGAAUUCUAAUAUUUGCAUCAGGUGCGAAAGUGAACAAUGUCCUACCUCAAUAUCCUCCCCCACAAAGGAUCAAAAUUUUUCACAAUUAUAACUUUUAUAAAAUGCGAUGUUAGUGUCCGAUGAAAUCACACACAUAACCAUAUUUUUAUUAACCCAAGGUUUGGUGUGAAGAUGGAAUAUAUCGGUCCAUUCCUUCUGGUACUUACACCACAGAUACGAAAUUAACAUAAGACACGAAAUUAACAUCCGAUUUCAUUGGGACUUGGCAUAUCUCAAUAGUUCUAUCAACCUAAAGAUUACAUUAUAAAGAUGGUAGAUAUUGGAUUAUUCCUUCUGAUACCUCAUAUCUCAUAUAAAGUAGUCUAUAUAGUCAAAAUCUGGCAUGUUGUAAUAUUUUUAUCAGUCUUAGGUCGAAUUGCUCAAUAUUGCCCAACUGCUUCGGAAUAUCCUCCAUAAAGGGUCAACAGUUUGAAAAAACAUAACUCAAGGCUGGGGGUAUACAUCUGUCGGCAAAACCAACUGAUACUAUUUUACUUGUUUUAAUUGCAUUUAGUACAUAUCAUCUUAGUUCAGUGCAUUCCUUUUGUUUCUAAAGAUUCUUUUUUAUACCCUCCACCAUGGGUAGGAGGGUAUAUUAACUUUGUCAUUCCGUUUGUAACACCUCUAAAUAUUCGUCGUAGACCCCAUAAAGUAUAUAUAUUCAUAAUCAGCAUAAAAUUCUAAGACGAUUUAGCGAUGUCCGUCUGUCUGUCUGUCCGUCUGUCUGUCUGUCUGUCUGUCUGUCUGUCUGUCUGUUGAAAUCACGAUAGAGCCCACAUUAUUUGACGUAGACCUUUGAAAUUUGGCACAAGUGUGUGUAUUGUCCCUAGGAUGGUUGGUAUUGAAAAUGAGAUAUAUCGGUCCACGUUCUGGUAUAGUCCCCAUAUAACGGUACCUCCCGAUAUUCGGUAUUUUGAUGAUUUAUGCCACAUUUUUUCACGGAUUUAUCUGAAAAUUGGUAUUUGUAGGUCAUGACGGGUCCCUGAGCGUGUGGCAAAACAUUGCAUGUAUAGGUCCACGUUUUGGUAUAGCCCCCAUAUAACGGUACCUACCGAUAUUCGGUAUUUUGAUGAUUUAUGCCACAUUUUUUCACUGAUUUGUGUAAAAGUUGGUAUUUGUGGGUCAUAAUGGGUCCUAGUUCGUGUGGCGAAACAUUGUAAUUAUAGGUGCACGUGUUGGUGUAGCCCCUAUAUAACGGUACCUCCCGAUAUUCGACAUUUUAAUGUUUUUUGCCACAUUUCUUCUAAAGUUCUUUUACCCUAGGGUGGAGGGUAUUAAAAGUUUGGCCCGGCCGAACUUAAUGUUUUUUUACUUGUUGAUAGUUCAUAUCGUUUUUUGGGAUUAUAGUUUCCCUUCAUUUCUUCUCAUGCUACAUCUUUUUUACCAAGCUUACUUAGACGAUGAAAUCUUGCUUGUUAUGAAUCAUUUUUCUCGAAUAUCUUGAAUUAGUUCAGAAUGACGUAAUACUCUCUCCGCUGUGAAGCAGUUCACAUAGAAUCACGAAAGGGACAUGCUGUUCCUUAUAUUUCUUUAUAUUUCAACAACAUCCCAUGUGCAUUCAAGUCAUUACAUCUUUAUGUCGGAAAAUGAGGUUCAAAUGAGUCAGUUUCAAUGAUUUUUUUUUAAAAUAUUGCAACGAAUAAUACUUCAACCACUUCUAAGGAGUCUUGCUGACGGCAUGAUCAAGAUGCGAAAUAGAAUGCAUCCAAUCCUCACCACGCCUUUGUGAAAAUCAUGACAUCUUUUACUUGAAAUGAUGUAGUCCGGAAUCACUUGAACUUAUCAUUGAGUUACUUUUUGGCAUUCUGGGUAUUUAUCGCUAACAUUUCUUGUAGUAUCUGGAUUAAGAGUAACUUCCUCAUGCAGACGGUUUUUUUUCGACCACGAAGGAUUCUUAUUUAUUAUUUCCAAUGCAAGUAAUUCGUGUAAAAUUAAUUAAUUUCCCUGAAAUCAAAUGAUUUGUAUCUAAAUACUAUCUAUAAUAAUUAAAUUAUUUACUAUUUAAAGAAUUUCUGGAUGACCACGGUAUGAAUCUACCUUGUCACACAAAGAGAAGUUUUAAAUUAUUCAAAACAAAUUUGUUGCCUAAAUGUGUCGAUGCUUAAACAUUACAAAUCUACUCUUCAAAUAUUCAAAUAUCGAAAUUAAGCAAUAUCCAAUUAUUUGAUUUACGACUUUGUUCGUAAAUCCAUAAGCAAACUAUUAAAGACUGUGGAUUCUGUUUCAAUUUAACAACUCUACUUUCUCGAUUUUGGGAUACAAUCAUUUAGAUUUGUUACGUAUUUCGUAAAUAACCAUCAUAUCAUCUUUUCCCGCAUCCGCUUUAUCAUUAUUUUCAUUAACAUGUAACCUCAUUUAUAUAUAUAUUUUUAAUCAAUAAUUUAUUAGCUAAACAAUCCAUUUAAACGGUAAACGUACUUAGGAACGAAAAAUUACAUUUUUUGUUGUUAAUUAUCACAAAUUCGGGGCAUUUUAGUUGUAGUUCAAUGCUGUAUUCAAAUAUACAAUAAUUAUGAUAAAAAAAAUUCACUUCGAUGGAAUGAUUAAAGUAAAUUAUUUGCUUUUGGGUGUGUGUGUGUGUAGUUGUUAAUGUAAUUUUAGAAUGCAAAAUGAAUGAAAUCUGUAUUUUUGUGGCUUUUAAAAAAGGCUUGUUUUUUUUGUUUUGUAUUUUUACAUUUAUUUUAUUAUUAUUAAUUAUCAUCAUUUUAUAUGAUUAUCGUUAUUUUUUAUUCAGUGUAGCUUUAAGUUCUCGAAAAUAAUGUAGAAAAUAAUAAUGUAUUUGUAUAUGUAGUUUAAUACUGUACUUAUAUUUAUGUAUUAUCAAAUAGAUUUGUAUAUUAAAACGCUAUUUUGCUAAGUAUAUUAUUAUUAUUAUAUAUUCGAUCAACAAAAACAAACAAUAAAUUAAUAUUAAUUUAUAUACGGAAAAUGAAUGAAAUAAAAUAAAAAUAAUUAUCCAAAAAAAGUAAGAAAUAAAAUUUAAAAAAUAUAUAAAAUUAUUAAUCAAUAA